ACAUAAUAGAUUAUCUUUUCUUUUGGCAGCUCCUGGAAUGGGUUUAUUCUUCUCUCACCAUGUUAGAAAGCUUCAGACACAACUUGGUAUGAGUGUCUCGAAAAACAAGAAACGACACUUUAAUGAAGCGGAACUUAGUCUCUUCGAGUUCCAGGCACGAGUUCUUAAUAAAGGCACCAAGCUUCUCUCUGAAGAAUCAGAAACUGUGAAUGUGUAUAAAUCACUAAUCAGGAGAACAGAAGCUCAAGCUACACCACACAUGACGAAACUGAAACGCAGAGUGGAAGUACUUGUUAACCGGGUGAUGCAAGAAAAGCAUAUUGUUGCACCGCAAACGAUGGAGGAAGUAAUCUGCGAGCUACAGAGACUAAUGAUCCUACCACCUUAUUGGAAGUUACUGGAAAAGAGUAAGAGCAGUAGUAACAGCGCCCUUACUGAGAUUGUAGCAAAGAUUGAGAAGAUUAUGUGUCCAACAAUUAAAUUUGAUUCCUUAACUGAAAAUAAAGUGAAAGAGCUCCUGAAGGAGGGAGAAACGUAUGUUGGUGGUCUUGGAAUAAGCAACAGUGAGAGGCUGAUGAUCCUGCAGGCCAUGGGGUUAAAACAAGGCCACUGGUAUAAAUGUCCCAAUGGCCAUGUGUACUGCAUCACAGAAUGCGGAGGAGCUCGGCAGUCAAGCAAGUGCCCUGAUUGCGGGGCAGCCAUUGGUGGAGUAAACUACAGGCUGAAUAGUGACAAUGCUGUUGCAACUGAAAUGGAUGGUUCAAGACAUGCAGCUUGGUCAGAUCACCAUAAUUUAGCCAACUAUGGGAACAUUUAGAAAACAGUUAUGUAAGAAUGUGUAUGAAUUGUAAACUGUAUUUUUAAGAGGUUUGACGAUAUGAAAAACCUAUUUUUAUGACGUGCAGUGGGGGUGUAGAAUGCUUUAUGUCAUUCGUGUUGUAACAUGAAAUCUACUUCCUGAAAAAAAGGAAAUAAAAAAUAAAAUACAUAAGUGAACAUAUAUAGCAAAUUUAAAUAACACUGUUUUCCUUUUACCGGGUGGCAGGGAAGAAGUUGGUCUUGUUGAAUUGGGAAGCGAGCAGGUCUAUUUCAGUUAGUCCAAACUGAUCUACCAGUUUUUAAAAAUAUAUUAUCUGACAGUGGCCAGUUCUUAAUUGAAGCCUUGUUGCAGGACAAAACAUCUGUCCACGAGUUCUCUUCUCCCACAAGAUAAGAAACCUUCAGAAAAAUACUUUCUGGGCUGCUUUUUUCCAGGAGCGUCUCUGAAGAACGAGUAGACCCCUUGGCGGUUGAUAUAAUGUAAUGCUGCUGAAUAGCUUGAAAUGAUGUAUUGAUUGAAUAUUGUGGUGUCUUCUAGAGCGAAUUCGAUCUGGAGUUCUUGUACUUUAUAUUUUUGAGUAGGAAUUGGUUUGCCCAUUUGGUAAAACUAGAGGCCGUUCUGAAGGUUAAAACCGCGGCCCUAAUCUGAAGCAUCUGUUGUUAUUGUUAAUGUGUUUUGGCCGAACCCAAGGCACUGAUUCCAGACGAUUCUCCUGUUGUCAUCUGCUGAGAAGGCAAUUUAUACGAUGGAGAAACUACCUUAGAAAACAUUGAUCUUCCAAAGUCAGUCUUCUUAAGCUCAAAUAACCCACAUUUACUAUUUCUCCCUUUGCCUUCGAGACGUUGACUUUCGAGUGAAUAGAUCGAAAAACUUUCUCUCAACACCUUCGGUUCUCUUCUGAUCAGAAAACUAUUUGAUGACCUAUCCAGGACAGUUGUCACAAAGGAAUUAGAUGUGGUUUUGGAAGAGGAAAAAGAAGGCCCAUGUCUGAACCUCACCCCAAAGUCAUGUCAUUCUCCAGCACUCUUCUCCUGCAGGUGCUAAAAUAGGUCAAUAGUCCAGAUAGAAAAGAAUGGUGCCCAAGUAAGUCAGUCGGGUAUGAAUUGGCAUGCUUGGGUCUUUGUUUAGGCCAAAUUGUAGAACUUUGAAUAUUUAUAAGCUUGUUCAAUCUUGUGACAUCUAGUUGUGAUCGAAUUUCUACUCAAUCUCAUUUUGAAUCCAUUUUUUUUUUUUUUUUACUCUUUUCGUUCUCUUUAGAGGAACAUAAAACUCUACUCAUGGUUUCACCAGCAAGUGAGACCAUCAGUGGUAAAGUUCUUGUCGCUUUAGAAACGUUUUUAGGAAUGUAUGUUUUCGUAAGCUCAAUUCAGGCACUAAUAGCGUUCUCUAAUAAACUCGUCCAUGGGGCCAGAUAUGGUGGCUAAACCUUUAUAACCAUAAAGUGAGUUUUUUUUUUUCAUAAGGUUAUGUUGAGACGGAGAGUCUGGCUUUUUCCAAAAUGGCUUCAUAACUAUCUGCAAAAAGGUUUUAAAGAAAUCUUGAAAAUUAACAGCAGAUAGAGCCAUCUGUCUGGAUGUAAUAUCUUUAAUAGAAAGAUCUUUUUUAAAUGGAAUCGAUUCUGAAGCUAUUUCUUGCACUUCCCAAAAAUCUUUCAAAAUGAUAUUAUUGCUUGACUAUGGCUUGGUUCUCUAAUAUUUGGCCUUUUUCUCUUGGAAACGCUUACUCCAACCUCAUUUUCACUCUCAGAGGUAGAUCUGGACUUUUGACAUUUUCUAGAAGAAUUGCCAGCAGGUAGAAACUGAUUACUGUCAAUAGCAUUUUUACUGGAAGAAUGACGGUUAUCAUCAUGUCCUUAAAUCUUCUGAUUGAGGAAGAAACAAAAAGGGGCAGUAAGAUUGGACCGUACAAAUUCCAUAGGGACUGAAUCAGUUUAUACAUUCUUCUUAACAAGUCUCUGUACUUAUUAGAUUCAGAAGUUGGAGAUUCUCCUAACUGCGUAAGCAAUAUAGUCUCGACAGGUAUCACACGUUACGUGAUUCGCUCAGUACUUGUAGGAUUUUAAAAUUCCUGAAAGGUUUUUGUAGCACUGCAUAACCUAGAAGUUGGUUGAAAACUUUCAGAUUGCAGCUUGUCUUGAAUUUCUUGUGUCAUUCAAGUCAAUAAUGUUCAUGUGCUUGUGCCCUUGUCAUAAUCUGGCGAAAGAACCAUAUGUAAAAGAUUGACAUCGGCAAGAAAAUACGAAACGUAUUUUAUAACCACUUACUAGAGGUCGCGAUAAUUCACGAGUCGGAGAAAUUAACUACUUAUCAGCUGGGGCUAGUAACCGUAGGAAAUAUAAUAUCUGGGGAAGAUGCAAGAGCUUCCACGGCUAUCGCUGUUCAAAAACAAAAUGUGUAUGUCUAUAUUUCAUCCUCAACUUUUACGUAUGGGUAACUAUAGAAUUAGCGCUUUCAUAUCGUGCUAGCUAAUCUUUUGCCUUCAUGUCAUUGACGGACAUUGACAAAUAUUGCCAGGGCGGUUCUUCAGAACAUCUGGAUAAUGUUUUCAAAAUUGAAAUUAUCGAUUAGGAAGAUCCAUAGUAGCGUUUCUCUUGUGAAAAAAAUCUUCAGAAAACACGAAUCGCAGAAGUGCGUUUCUAUUUAAAACAAAGUUUCAGAAGACUUACUCCUUAACGAGAACCAAAUUCAAACUUUAUUGACACCGAGCUGUCUGGCAUACCGAGAGGGAGGACAGGUGGCACGCGGUUGCAUUAGUAGGGGUGUGCCCUGUAUCUAAGGAUUUUUUUUUUUUUUUGUUUUUUCUUCAUUUUUUUUCCCUUUUUUUUUCUUUUCCAUUUGCAGGAAGUACUUAUGUGCCAACUUGAAUGCAUUAGGGAGUCAUUCUACAUUCUACACUGCAUUUGCACCAUAUUAGGCUUUUUAAUAUUAGAUAAUUUUGAUUAUUGUGUAGAGUUUGUCUUCACUAAUAAUUGUUUUCACCAAUUAUUGCACUUGUAUUAUUUGUAUGGGAAUAAACGUAUAGGAUAAUCUUGCAUAAA